AGUGUUUAAUGAGAUUAUACUUGUAUAUAUCUGGAGAUGGCAGAAAGGCACUAUUAACUACUCCUACAGCAUGUGUCUUUUUGUGGGAGAGCACAGAACAUGAAAAUACAUCAUCUUGUAAAAGUUCUUCUUCUGGGCGUUGGACACAAAUUUUGCCUGAUGAAUCAGUCUUGUUGCCUUCUACUGAAGAAAAAGAAAUUGGAGUGCAUGCUGCCUUUAUACAAAAUGAGGUACUGGGUGAUUGCUGCCUGUGCUCUUUUGUGUUUUACUCUGGUGAAUGUUUGGUGCUCACAUUUUUGAUUCUUCGAUGGCAUGAAAAUAGCUUUAAAUAUGUUAGUCCUUUGCCAUACCAGAUCCACUGGGUGCAGCAGACUUGUUCUCUUGUUGAUUUGGUUCCUCGGUGUGCGUCUGUAAAGUCAAGAGGAGCUUUGCUAUGCGCGUUUGCAAGAGAUGGACUCCUACUUGCAGUAGCUGUUAAUCAAACUGAUCCAAAGGCAACUCAGAUUUUGUUUAUAAACACAUUGAAUUUUGUAACUGUUUCGGCUAGCCUUAAAGGUUGUAGUAGCAAGAAUAGCAUGGUCCCAUCCAAGUUUAUCAGAUCUUACUGGGUUGGAGAUAUGAGUUGGACUCCUAAUAGCCUUUUCUUGGCUUGCAUGUUAAAACGUGGAUCUUUGAUUUUAUUGACAUGUAUGGGUGAAUUGCUGACUUUGAUUACUUCUGGCUGCUCUGUAGAAUUUGGACCAGCAGAGUUCAUUCCAUUUCAUCCACUAAUAACAUGCAGACAGCAGCAGUCUUUUUGUCAAGACUCUAGUCAGUCUCUUGGUUCUUCAGCUUCUGAAAGUGACUUUAUGAGGCAGAGAUUCUCUGUUGCUUCACAUUCAAGAUUACCCUACCUCAUUGUCUCUGAUGGAUACAUGAUAACAGUGCUUAGAUUUCCUAACAAUCUUGCGCCAUCAGGAUUUAUAAGAUCCCUUUUGCUUGAUUCAACCCAACGGCUUGAAAAUAUUCGUCAGAAUUUGCUGAACUCCAAGCCUAAAGGGAGACCUCCGUGUUUACGAUCACUGUUGUCAUUAAAAGCUAGUCUUUUAAAACAUGCUCAAAACCAAAUUUCCGGCUUUUCUACCAUUCCGAAAUUCCUGGAAGAGGACACAACAGAAAUGAGUGAGAAACCCAUGGAUUUACUGGAUUAUGAAGAAGAAUCAGAUGAUGAAAAGCAGUUUUGCAAUAGCCCUUCCAGCUUCUAUAGCCAAAGAAUCCGUUCAUUUCUUGGUAAAGCUGAUGAAGGCCACCUAGAAUUUGCAUCAAUGUUUGAUACUAUCCAUGCAAAAGACAAUGCUGAAGAGAAAGAUAAAUUAUCAGUGGAACUAUAUUCAGUUCAGAAAAACCUCCUUGCUGCAUGGCAGAUAGGGAUUUCAAAAAACAUAGAAGAGAAAGAUACGUUGCUGAAUUACACAGUGAACUGCAUUACCCAUUCUUUCAACAUUCUUCAGUUUGUGAAAUGUUCUUUGCUAAACCAGGAUACAUCUUUAAACAAGUCUGUGAAGAAUACUCACUGGAUGCAUUGUGUCCUAAAAUAUUUUCAGCAGUGUUUAACUGUCUUGUACUGGCAUUCAAGAGCCAGUCUGACUGGGCACGUCGCAAAGCUGACAUUACAAACUUUAAAACUGAUGCUUACACAGCAACAAGAUCAGUUGUUCUCAAAACACCUUUUGGCAUGCUUCUGUCUUUUAAAAAUGGUUUCUCACACCCUGAGUAGCGUGUGCAUACUACAGUAUGAGAAUUUUUUUGCAUCUCCUCGUGGUAAUAGUCUCGUGGAACUUGACUCCCUCAUUGUGCCUAUUUUCCUAGCUCUUGAUGACAGUAAUACUCAGCAAUUCAGCUCACUGAAAUCAUUGCUUAGAGAGCCUCCUCGAGCAGUAAAUCAUGAUGCAAAAACAGAAAAAAGGUUGAUUGUACUAUGGCGAUUAUUGUAUAAGAAAGUGGUUUGGUAUCAGAUGCAGUUGAACAGAAAAGUGAACAAGAAUGCAGAAGAAGAGUCUGUUGUCUCGUCACUUUUAGGUCACAUACAAGCCACCCUUCAGUCUUCAGGAAUGACCUUAGAGCAACAUUUGAAGAUUAAUUCUGUAUCUGGUGAGGAGAAGUUCCUUUUAGGCUCAUACAGGGAAUCUGUGGACAUUUGGAAAAGAUCUCUUUGCGAAGUCAAGGCAAAAGGAGGAAAAAGAACAUGUUUUCUUCAGAGUAGAUAUUAUCUUGCAAUAUUAUUUUGCCACCUGUAUCAUUAUAACUUGUGUGAGGCUCAGGGACUUUGUGAUCAUCUGGUAGCAGAGAUUCUAAGACGAUCACAGCUCUCAGGGAGUCAGAUGGAAAAAUUUUCUGGUAUGUAUUUUCAGCAUGAACUAUGGAUGGUAACAGAUGUUCAUACUGAAACUGCUAUGGCUGUGAUUCGAUCCAUGGCACGAUUCAUGGCCGCUUAUUUCACAAAUCAGCUGCUCUAUAUCUUCCCCCCACACAAUGUUGACAUCCUGCACCCGCUACACAUCAAACAAGACUUAUCUCCUCGUAUUAUUCCGCUACAACACUGUUUGGUUACCAGAGCUGUCAGGGACCAGAACCUUUCAUCUGUGUGGACAGCUGAAUAUGCUCUUGAUUUGUUCUUUAUUGGCGGACUCAUUCCAGAGGCUGUGUGGUUAACACACAGACUUGGGAACUGGAAACUGUCUGUUUCAAUUGGUGUGGCCUACCAGCUGUAUUGUCAGAACUCUGAUGAAUUCUCAAGACUGAAAAACAGAGAGUGUCACCUGCCAUUAAGCUUAUCACCAAUGCAGACUUUUCAGGAAAAGUUGCAAUCUUUAUUAGGACAGCCAGUUACUUCUGAAACAUCAGGAUGUAUUAAAUACAAGCAGUUUACAGAUCCCGUUGAAGAAGAAGAUGCAAAUGUUCUUUAUAGUUCAAUACAGGAACUACUGAAAGCAGCUGUUAUGGCAGAUGCUGAUAUCCUCUCAGAGACAUUUCAGCUUUUGAUGGAUUCUGCCAAGGAUCUUAGCAGAAAAUUGUAUGGUUUAGUUCCAGAUGGGCUUUAUCUUCCAGCACCACCAUUAUACUGUCCUCAGCCAGCUUCUCUCAGUGAAGAAGACUGUAAUGACAUUCUUUUAAAAAUUGAGAGAGAAAGUCGUCAGAAAGUGUCAGGAGUCCUUCAGCGAAUUAUCUUGCUCCUCCGGGCUGCUCGUUGUUCCUGCCCUGCAGCACAGUGGUAUAUUGCACAACUGAAGUGGGCAAGAAAAGUUAUGCAAAAAAUUCGAAUGAAAGGAUCUCUUCCUUCACUGAGUCCAAUCCCAGAGACUUUGCUUCGUUACUCCAAUUUCCGCACUGUUUUCUAUAGAUCUACAUCUUCUGGAGACCAUCAGUUUGAUGAUAUUACAUGUAAAAUUUUAGGUUGGUUCAGAGAGCUAUGUGCAUUGUGUUGGAUGUUUCACGUUCGUGAAAGAUUAUCUGACAGCUGUAGGCAGUACCAAACUGCAAGGGAAAAUAUUAACAAUCAGAAGGAUCUGAAGAAGAAUGAAUACGAUGCCUCCACAGUUGAGCAUUGUCUGAAUGCAGUGGAGUGGGCUUGUCGAAUGCUUCCUUUCUGCAGAUUCAUGAAUGUUGAAGAAUUAAUUCAAGAUGUAAUUUUAAGUCUGCUUGGAGAAUUGCCACCAGUGAAAAAGGUGGCAGAGAUUUUUGUAAAAGCAUUUCCUAAUCCUGAAGAUAUAAGGGUUCCACUAAGAGAUAAAUAUCAUGGUCUUCAGCAGCGACUCAGACACAGUAUUGUUAAAGGUUCUGAAAGUGAAUAAAAGAUGUCAAUUAUUAUACAAGCUACUGAAAAAGUGAGAAUGAAGGCCUUGAGACGUGUAAUAAGGAACAUAGGCCCCAUAGAAACUAAUAUUUGGGAGCCAGCAGAAGAGGGAGCAGCAGAUGAUGAGGAGCACUGUUAUGACAGAUUCUCAUUAGGCACUAGUUUAAGCAGAAGCACACUUACUGAUCUUGGGAAUUCUCAGGUAUAUAGUGAUGCUGACACAGCAGAUACACUUUCUGAUACUUUGCUUACUGAAGGAACGAGUGCUCGAACACCUUCACUCCAAAGGUAUGGAAAAAAUGGCAGCAGAAAGCUUUCUAUUUAAAAAAAAAAAGAAAAAAAAAGAAAAAACAAAAAUGCCACAUGCAAGAUGAAAGUUCUUAACUGGAAAACAGAACAUAAAGACAAAGUACAUGGAAAAGACAUGCAUAAUCAAUGUAAUUUGCCUGUAGUUGGUGCAUGGGAAUUUGAACGUGAUGAUGAAGAAUAUGUUAUUUUUUUAGAACUCUUUUUGAGUUAUGUUCUUGAGAGAGACCUGAUAAAGUACAGUGACCUUGGAAUUCCAUUUCUUACUAGCUUUUCUGGACUUCUUCAAGAGCAUGAAUUAAACUCUCUCUUUUUUGAUGUUCAUACAACACUGAAACGUCGACAAGGCAAAACUAAAAGCCAGAGUGUGUUUAGAGCAGGGUCUUUCUAUACUGUCACCCUGGCAUCUUGCAGUCCUGAAACAGUGUCUGUCUAUAAUGAAAACCAAAAUAUUUUGGAAAAUCCAACCAUUGUACGAUCCAUUGUACAGACAACAGAACCUUCUGUGCAUAACCUAAUGAAAGGACUUAAUGAAGGAUUAUUUGGUUUAAAACACAAGUCAAUUUACCGAGCUCAGAGUGACAAUCAAGGAGUCACCUUUGCACCAGCAAGCCAGACCUUUUCUAACCAUACUUUCUCUAGCCUGCAAGCCCAGGCAACUUCUAAAUACGUUUACAAAACUGUUGAUAUAGUUGAUAUUGUACCAGGAGAAGAACUAGCUAUAGAAUUGAUGGGUAAAUUGAGCAAUAUUGCAAAAUUGCUUGAGUGGAUGAUCAGAUGGUCUGAUAAAAGACUGCUCUGUGGUUCCAAUAAACAAGAUUCCUUAGAAGAGAUUCUCCCAAUGAUACAUGUGAAAACAUCAGCAGCUGCUGUCCUUACUUCUUUAUGGCUGUUAGAACAGUUAUACAGAGAUGGAUCUCAAGCAAAGAGCAUAAAAUUCAAGAGUAUGGAUAAUCAAUAUCUGAAAGAAUUUGCACCUCUACCAGAAGCCCAGUCUAGGACAGAGAAAGAAAAUAGUAUGGAUGAAGAGUCUUCCAUGGUGGCCAGUCCCCCACUUGAUGUUCAGAGUGCACAAGCCUAUGAUAAUCUUUGUGAAACUGAUUUUGGAAUGUCUACAAAGUCAAAAUAUUUUGAUAAGAAGGAAAUGAAUCAUGGGAAUGAUUCUGUACCUUGUAUGACUGAAGAUCUUAAUGAAGUGGGACCGUUUGUUCAGGAGGAGUUAGAUGUAACAUCAGAAAGUGGAGAGUUCUUUGAGGAGCCGUACGAAACUCCGAAGAGCUCAAACAGCUCUGUCAAAGUCAAACCUGUAGAACACCAAAGAGGAAAGCACGUCUCCAUUUCAGAUGUAUAUAGUCCUCAGGAAGACCAAAAGAUGGAAAAAACAAAGGAAGGAAAGGGUGAACAGAAUGCCAUGACUGAGGUUGUUACUAGCACCGUUUCUCAGUCAUUCUCUUUUGAACAAGGUGUAGAAGUUCCCAGUAAUGUAGAGAUUUCUCUAAGUGAUGGUCAGCCUUCUCAGACUGUUGGGUCAACUAUGUCAAGUGUUGCCUCCGAUACUUCCAUUUGUGCAAAGAAGCAAGAAGUCAAGAAAGAAGUCCCUGCAGAAGAGAAGCUAAACACAUCAGAAACUGUCAGGCAGAUGCUCCAAGAUGAAAUGUUUAAGUUAGUUCAGCUACAGCAAAUCAACUUCAUGAGUUUAAUGCAAAUAGUGCAGUCAUCCUUUUCCAACCUGCCAAAUGUGCAACAGUAUCAGUCGGAUCACCUGGACCGAAGCCAGCCUGCACACACUGUGGUAGGCAGUGGCUCUCUGAAAACACAGCUGCGCACUCAAGAAGAUAAAGGAAAACCUGGUCAAAAGAGCUUUGAUUUUCAACCAAGGAAUGGUUUAAGAGAUGAAAGCAACAGUGGCCAUGUAAAAAAUCACGUGGAUGUGAAUGUUUCUUUAAGUCUAUUAGAAAGCCACAGCAGAGAAACAGGGCUUACGCCACCGUCUCAAGAGUUGCAUUCUUCAGCACCUGCUAAACCACUUCAUCUUCUAGCUCCUUCCUCAGACAUCCAGAAAACAGCCAAGCUUAUCCCUAUUGAAAAAAAGAUUAAUUACUCAAAUGGAUUUCCUUUGCUUAAGCUUGAAUCAGGCUAUGUUUUCAAAACGGCAUUUUUACAUCCAGUAGAAAUGUCAUCAGCUUUUGCUAGGCCACCCCCAGUACCACGAGUAGCUUGGAGUUCGUCAGAUUCCUUAUGGAACCAUCAGUCAUCACACACACCAAGAAAGAGUAAGUCAACAGCAGAUUUGAACGUGCGUAGAUAUGACCCUGAGAUCCCAAAGCAAAUACAUGAGGAAGAGAAAAGAUGGGCAGAAACUGUGCGUAAGGGACCUCCCAAACACCUGAAUCUAGACCAGUAUGAAGGACAGCAAGAAGUUUCACCUCGGCAGCAGUUCUCUGCAAAUGUGAAUAUGGGCAAAGCACUGAUCACUCAGAACCUGGCUGGUAUUCCACUGUUGCACUUGCAACUUGACCCAGUACCUAGACUUGCAUCAGUUCUAAGACAGCCAAUCCCUACUACUUUAAUACCUGUUAAACCUGCAACAAAGGAGACUGACUGCAGAGAAACACUACAGCACACAGGAAUAUCAUUACUCCAUGCUAAUUUACAUCAAAAAAAGAAGGCACCAAAACUCAUUCCACUUCAAGAUCUCAUUGCAUUUGAGCAACGCCAUCAGCAUCAUACUGUGCCCAGUACUUCCUUUGGACAAGACCAAACUGAACCUAUCCAGUUACUAAAAACUGAUGUUGAACCAUUUGAACUAAGAGAUGUGCGGAGUAAUAGAAAAAGACAAAAGAGGCGUGAUAACAAACAAAUGAAAGAGAAGGAGGAAAAGAAGAAACCAAGUGUGUCCUUCUGCCCAGAUGACUCCAUCAUCAGUAUUAGUGACACAGUGAUGGUUGUUGAAUCAGGAACUGGGACACCUAUUGUGUAUGAUCACAUUUUAGACACAAUGGGGGAAGCAGUUACUACUUCAGCAGACCUACAUUACAUGGCUUCUACAGGAAAAAAACUAGCAGAAACUCAAGAUGAAACUCAAGAUGCAAGUACAAAUACUCACCCAGAAUCAUCUAGUGCCUCUGAGAUACUACCACCAGACAUGUAUUUAAACCUGAGAUUCCCCACUGAAGUGAAUGAGAGACCUUUACCACCCUUUCUGUCAGAUGCACCUGAUUUGAGUGAACAUGAAUAUAUCAGUGUGAUUGACAUUGAAGACAGUGACAUCCUUAAAAAUUUACCCACGAUACCUGAGUCUGCAGAAGAGAUAGCUACUACACAGCAAAAUGAGAAGUUUGAAAUUCCAUCUACUGCAAAACUUCAUCACAUGACAGCUUCUGUUACUAAUGCAAUUCCACCUGAGGUGCCUCAGAAGAAAGACUAUCAUCUGAAAAAUGCAUCAAGCCAAGUGCAAAAGGAAGAUAAGAAGUCAGAUUCUGCUAGAGACAGUGUAACUUGGAACAUAGUACUUGAAGAUGACAGAACUUUUCCUUCUUCAGGGCUUCCAUCCAAAGUAAUUGGCAAAGAAUACUUUUCCACAAAGCAGCAGGAAAUGGAUAUGCAAUUAGAGACACUACAGAACAUAACAGAAAAUAUGGAGGAGGAUUUCAGAAAUACCAAACUGCUAGUGAAAAUAAUAGAAGAUUUUGAAAUGGCUGCCAAUUCAGACCCUGGUGCUCAUCCUUCAUUCUCUGAAGAUGCUAGAAUCAUUGAUGAUGAACAUGAUUUGAAGGGCAUGAUUUUUGAAGAUGUUACAGAUGAUGAAAAGGAGGGCUUAAACUUGGAAUAUCCUGUACCCAAUUAUGCCACGUUGGAAGUAAACUCGCCUGCCUCUGCAGCAUCUGCUUCUAACUUCACUAGUGACAUAAAGCCAUCCUCUGGGUUUCAUGCAUGCAGAGAUCUAUGUGAUAGCUCUUUGGAAGAUCCCCUGCAAAUCACUGGUCUGAGCGGUGUUACUGACAUCAUUAGUGAUCUUGUAGUAGAAGGUGACAUCUCUCCGUCAGAGCUGGGCUUUACAAAAAUACAAGCUAAGAAAAUCUCUAGGGUUCAUGAUUCUGUUGCUGCACGUUCUGAAAAAACAGAAAAGGAGAAGAAAGAGAUACAAGCAUGGAUGAAAAGAAAGCAAAAGGAAAGAAUGAGAGAAUAUGUGAAGAAACUGGAUGAACAAAGACAGAAAGAGCAUAAUCCAUUCAAUCUAAGAAAGAAUGUGCAUUGUAGUCUUACUUCAAAGGAUAUUAAAUUCUUCCAGAAGAAGAAAGAAGAAAAAGACAAAGCCCUGUUAUCUGAACAUCACAGUAUGAGAAUAUCACAAGCACUUUCCCUGAUGAAUGAAAUGUUAUCUGAAACAGUGGUGUUACCUGCAAAUGAACACAGACUAUUGUCCAGGACAAGAUCACCUCAAGAGGACAGAAAAAGGCGUAUGGCAUCUACUAAAGGAGGGCAUCUGAACAGUCCUGUUCUGUCAGAAAGGAGCAGAAUUGCUGCCAGACCCAGCUUUGGUCAAAAAGUACACCGUUUCACCCCAGCUCUUGGUUUAACACAUUCCAGGGCUGCUGAGAACAGAGUCAGCAGAACAUCAAAACAAAAGCCUCCACAUGUUGCCACUGUAGUUCAGACAGAAGGUGUUGAUGAAGAGACUGAUCGAGACAUAGUAAGUCCUUGGACUGUGCCGGAUGAUAUCCAAAGAAUACUUCAAGAUACUCAUGACUCCUUGUUUCAGUCCUCUGCACUGCAUCCUGCGAGUUUCUCUCCUCUCGGCAUUAUUGACACCGAUGGUGUUUCUGAAAGCACGGGAAGUAUCCUCAGCAAACUGGACUGGAAUGCAAUUGAGGCUAUGGUAGCAGAUGUGGAAGACAAGUGA